AUGGCAGACUGCGAGAGUCGCCAGAGGGACGAGAUUGAAUCUCUCGAGUCCAUCUAUGGCGACAUUUUCACAGACAUUACGCCUUCCAGCACAGUUUGGAACAAAAAGGCUAGUCCCCAUUUCCAGGUGGCGCUUCUGUCCCAGGAAAACCCUGAUAGACCCGUGGUUUCCUUGAUUCUAGAUGUUCAAUUCACAACAACAUAUCCAGUACUGCCGCCCAUUGUGAAGGUUAUAGAGCCCAAAAACUUGCUUAAGGCGAGUCAAGCCAAAAUUGACGCCAAGAUUGCCGAUGUUUUGCGAGAGUAUGCGGGCGAAGAGGUGUGUUUCACUAUAAUCAUGGAUGUGAAGGAGUUGCUCGAUGAUUUUCAACAAACUACAGAACAGGUGCUCUCUCUCGAGGAGGAAAGAGCCAAAAGACUCGAGAAUGAGCGCAGAUUGCUCGAACAGCAUGAAAAAGAAGUACAGCGAAAAGAGCAGCUGGCCAAACAACGACAGACCAUGGAAGCCAAUGAGCAGAUUCUCCAGAUGAGAGAUGAUUAUGGAAGUUCACAGUAUGAGGGCUCUCCUGAUGUUAUGGAUGCUGCAGUUGACGUUUCAGACCAUUCGCUAGUGCCAAAAUUGGUUUCUGGUCAGAUAUUCGAGUUUGCCAAUGCUCUUUGGGGAAAUGUUCCAAAAAGCAACUCCAGAUUCCAGUUCAAAGCCGUUCAGGGCUUCAUCCGAGCACAUACACAUGAUAUCUUGCUGGAUAUCGGCACCCAGUACAUAGUCAAGCCGUAUCUUCCACCAGAUUUGCAGAAGAAGUUUGAUGAUCGGAAUAUCGAUGUUUCAUAUCUUCUAACGGUGAUUAACUUGAAUAACCAUCGGUGGCUGACGAGCGAUGGAAAGUCCGAAAUCCGUGCUUUGGAAUUGGAGCUUGAGCAGGUUAUGGCAUUGAGUUCUCUGUCUGUUCUCAAAGUAUUUGGCUUCCAGAUCGAUCAACAUACACAGUUCCCAUCCAAAUGGACCAUAAGAUUACUUACAGAAUUGCCCGUUGUGCUGCAAUCACUUGAAGACAUUCUCAGCACCACAGAUUUCAUCCAUUGGGGACUUGCAAGAAACUGGUUGAUCCAGUUGCUUCCAGCAUUGGAACACAUGCACGAUAAUGGACUAUGUCAUCGCUUAAUUUGUCCAUUGAGUGUUCUUGUGUGUGAAACUGAUCUGGAAGACCUGACACAGCAUCAUGUUAAGACGUUGAAGUUAUGUCAUCCGGCUUACGGGUAUUCUCUUUUACGAAUGGUCAAUUCAUGCAAUACUAAGGCCAAUGGUGACGAUUUCGUUUACAAAUUCAUUCCUAAAGCAUGGAUGGACCCUGAUCCAUCUGGUGGUUAUAUUAAAACCGAUAUUUGGGAGCUUGGGGUAUUGUUCAUGAGAGUCAUGUUCAGUUAUGAUGUCCUCACCACUGAGUAUCAUACACCCGAAGAAUUCUUCUCCAAUUUCGAUGUUAGCGCGUUUCCAGGUCUCGAAGAGUACUCAGAACGAGUCUAUGAUCUACUCACAAAGAUGUUACAACCCAAAUCUUCCAAACGUCCCAGCCUAUUGGAACUCAAUGCUCUUAAGUUUCUUCGAUCUGGAAUAGAUUUGAGUAUGCAAGGACUUAAGUCCCGUUUGGCAGAAGUCUCAAAAAGUCUAGACCAAAGCAUGAUCCAGUCGACUGUAGGCAUUCAGAAUCGUGUGAAAGGUGAUCCUAUUGGUUCAUCAAAAUACCAAACUUCAGCAUUAGAUGCAGCCAGAAGAAACUUGGCAGUUUCUCAAGUUUCCAGGAGAAGAUAUUCUAACAACAACCAGAGCCCAUUUUUCUCAUCUGAACUCAGCGCUGGUGGCAAUACCCAAGAAUCUCGGUAUGAAAGAGAAUUUGAGGAGGUGGGCAAGCUUGGAAAAGGUGGAUUCGGUGAAGUGGUCAAAGUUCGCAACCGGAUGGAAGGUACUUUUUAUGCCAUCAAGAAAAUCAAGCACCGCUCCGAUAAGUUGGAGACUCUCCUUUCAGAGGUUUUAUCCUUGGCCCGUUUGAAUCAUCAGUAUAUCGUCAGAUAUUAUGGAUGUUGGGUUGAAGAACUUCCAGAUACACCAAGCAAAUCUCACAGCGCAAUAUCCUCAGAAGAAGAUGAUGAAAGCAGCUCUUCAGAUGACGACGAAGAGUUCGAAAGUAAUUUGAAUGUUCGAUCCACAUCCUUCUUGAAGAGCCACGACAGUUCGUUCCAGAUCGACUACUUUAAGGACUCCAUGGACCCACUGCUUGAUUACGAUGAUAGUGAUUUCGACGACAGAAUUGUUUUUGCUAAUAGCAGCGAUGAGGACACUGGGAGCGGGGAGGAAAACGAAUCUGACGAUGACGAUGAUACUGAGGAGAUCUCAGAAAGCUACACUGAUGAUUCCUCAACCCCUAAAAAUGCUGUCCAAAUUACAAGAAGUCGCAGCAGGGUUCAAGGUAAGUCAAUUUUAUACAUCCAGAUGGAAUUCUGUGAGAACAACACAUUACUUAAUCUCAUUGAACGUGGCCUACCUGCCAACCCUAACGAAUAUUGGAGGUUAUUCAGACAAAUUUUGGAAGCAGUGUCUUACAUUCAUAGCUCUGGUUUCAUUCAUCGAGACUUGAAACCCACCAACAUUUUCAUUGAUAAGUCGAAUAACAUUAAAGUGGGAGACUUUGGUCUCGCCAAGAGUUCCCGAUUCUCCUCUGCUGUUCUGACGAAUAACCAAGUCACACCCAAAUCAAACAAGGAUCUUUCUACGGUGGUGGGAACUUUUUUCUACACGGCCAACGAGGUUGCUUCAGGAGAAUAUGAUGAGAAAAUAGACAUGUAUUCUUUGGGGAUCAUCUUCUUUGAAAUGUGCUACCAAUUGGGUACUGGGAUGGAGCGUGCAAUGAUUCUUAAUGACUUGCGAUUGGCAGAUAUAAAAUUUCCAUCAGGUUUUGCUGAGUCUCGCAAGCCUACAGAGAAGAGAAUUAUUCGUCGUUUAUUGGACCACGAUCCACAUAAGCGGCCAGGGGCAAUGGAGCUUUUACAAAGUGGAUUAAUACCUCUUGAACAUCAAGAUAUUAUCAUCAAGGAAGCUCUCAAGUCUUUGGCGGACCCUGCCUCUCCGUGGCAGCAGCAGGUGAGGGAAACAUUAUUUAACCAACCAUACUCAUUGGCACAAGAUUUGAUGUUUGAAAAUGUGGGUAAGAAUUCACACAGCGAAAUUCUCGACAAUUCAAUGAGUGACUUUCUUGUAUUGAGCCAGACGCUCAAUGAGCUCUCUCGAAUUUUUGACAACCAUGGUGCCAUUCAAGAUUACGAUGGCAGUUCUUUGCUUCCAAAACUCCAAGCGCAAUCUAAAAAAUUGGUUUAUGAGUUGCUAGAUCGAAGUGGUUCGGUCUUGACAUUGAGCUAUGAUUUGGUUCUCCCGUUUGCCCGCUAUUUGAGUCGCCAUAAGAUGCAUGACUCCAAGAUUUAUAGACAUGAGUUUGUCUAUCGACCAAACUUGAGAGGUGUGGGCAAACCUGACAAGUACUAUGCUGUUGCGUUUGAUAUAUUUUCCAACAAUCUGCCUGGUCUAAUUGCAAGCAGUGCCGAGUGUAUCAAGGCUGCUGAUGAGGUGUUGAGCACCUUUCCUUGUUUUAAGACAAAGAAUGCCCAAACUUUCAUUAUUAUCAACCACUCCGAUGUAUUGAACAGUGUUAUUGACUUUGCAUUUGGCAGAUCUCAGACAAUAUCUCAAUCAAAAAGAUAUGAACUCAUGGGUGUUUUAUCCCAAUUGGGCAUAGAAAGAGGAACUGAGGAUGUCAAGACCUACUUGCGUAAUGACUUCAAGAUUCAGCAUACAGUCAUUAAGGAUCUAGUCGAUGUGUUCAAUUUCACUGUGGAGCCGGAAAGGGCCAUGCAGAAGUUAAGAAAGAUCAUGGUUGACUCGCCUCUUUUAGCAAAAGUGGAACGCGCUCUUGAUAACAUCAGAGACAUUUUGGAAAUUGUCAGCAAGCUUGGAGUGAAGUCAAAAGUCUCCUUCUGUCCUUUGAGCAACUACAAUGCAAAGUACUACGAUGGAUCUUUCAUGUUUCAAGCGAUUCACAGAAUAGACAAGAACAGAAAGUUUUCGAGAGUUGCUACUGGUGGCCGCUACGAUAACUUGAUUGACUCUCUUACGAACGACGGUCUUUCGAAGUCCAGUACUCCUCAUGGUGUAGGGUUCCAAUUGACAACAACGUUGCUCUUCUGGUUGAUGAAGAACACCUUGAAACGUGCCAAUACUUCUGAUGGUGUUUCCAAAUCUGUGACUAAAUGGAAAAAGGUGAGAUGUGAUGUCUUACUUACUUGCCUGGAAGAGUCUAUCAUUAGAGAUUCUGGAUACGAGUUAUUGAGCCAGAUGUGGGCUCGGAACAUUAGCUGUGAUUGGUAUAUUUCGUCCUUCCAGGAAAACGUUCUCAACAAGGCAAUUGACGAAGGAUCAAAUUGGAUUGUUCAGUUGAGACAGCCUAACUUGUCGCGAAAGAAGUUGAAGAAGGGCCUGUUCAAGCCCAUUCGAGUGAAAAACAUUUGUUCUAACAAAGAAACAGAUGUUGAUUAUUUCGAAUUGUUGGAUCAUUUGAGCAACGAGAUUGAAGAAAGAAAGAACGAAAAUACCGAAUCCAUAAUGGCUGAAUCUUCUGGAAAUAGUGGGGAGAACGCUGGAGAGUUAGGAAAUGAUCAAGCAAGGAUAGGUGAGCCGAUUUUUAACAUUGAUAUUAAUCAGAGAGUGAUAGUGGUUCCAAACGCUGCUCCUCGAGGCAGAAAAAAUAAUAAGAAGGAGAAAUGGGAACUUGAAAAUGACUCCAAGUUGGCUUCUUCCAAUAUGAUGAAACAAUUGGCUAGUGCUCCGAUUAUUACUGUUGACCUGACUGAUUCUGUACUUGACAUGAUCCUGACAUCUUCAGUUCAAGUGCCACUUGAAGAAUGGUUCAAGAAGUUGUUCUUCACCAACAACAAGCUUCCGAAAUCGUAUGCAAGUAACAUUUACGAUACUCUCAACAAGGAAUCAGCAAAAGGCACACCUUGGGCAAUCUUGCACUCUCCCAAAACCGACAAGACUACUAUUGUGGAUCUUCAAAGGUAA